AUGCAGUCCCUGCGCAGUCUGAGGCCAAUUGCCUCUAGGCUGCAGACGUCGACAUUGCCUCGCGUCUCCCGUGCCUCAUUUUCCGCAUCAUCAAGGAUGGGCUUCGAGUAUAUCCAGGUCUCCGAGCCAAAGCCGGGCGUCGGGCAAGUCACACUUAACCGCCCCAAGGCUCUCAACGCCCUUUGCACUCCGCUAAUCAACGAACUCAACGAGGCCCUGUUGAAGUUCAAUGGCUCAGACAGCGUCUCAUCCAUCAUCCUGACCGGCUCCGAGAAGGCCUUCGCGGCUGGCGCAGACAUCAAGGAGAUGGCGCCCCUGACAUUCUCACAGGCGUACCUCAACUCGUUCAUCGAGUCCUGGUCCAACCUGACCACCCAGAUCAAGAAGCCCAUUAUUGCGGCAGUGUCUGGGCACGCGCUGGGCGGCGGAUGCGAGCUUGCUAUGAUGUGCGAUAUCAUAUACUGCACUGAUAAGUCCAACUUCGGCCAGCCAGAGAUCAAGCUUGGCACAGUCCCAGGGGCCGGAGGAAGCCAGCGUCUGACGAGGGCCAUUGGCAAGUCCAGGGCCAUGGAGCUCAUCCUAACCGGAAAGUCCUUCUCCGGGCGGGAGGCUUAUGAGUGGGGAGUCGCAGCCAGGACGUUCCCGACCUACGAGGAACUCAUGGAGGCUACCCUUAAGACGGCUGAGACGAUUGCUGGCUACUCAAAGGUCGCUGUGCAGGCUGGCAAAGAGGUCGUCAACAAGAGCCAAGACCUGCCCUUACGAGACGGUGUUGAGUAUGAGAGGCGCGUCUUCCACAGCCUGUUCGGCAGCCAGGACCAAAAGAUCGGCAUGAAGGCAUUUGCGGAGAAGACGAAAGCAGAAUGGAAGCACGACUAG